GACGACGACAUUGUUGAGCGGCUGCCUCGGCCUCGUCGCCGGCACCUCGCAAGCUGUGGCCAGGCGCGGGCAGCAGCCCCGGCUGACACCGAACAGCAACAGGCCGGGCCUACUGCUCCUGCUCCUCCUCCUGCUGCUGCUCCCAACAACAACAACAACCGCACCUCAAGAUGCUGCUGCUGCAACAGGGUCGACGACGCAGCACGCUGAGCUAUCCCGUGGCGCUGCUCGUGGCGACCAUGGCGCAUACAACACAACUAAUAGUAUUCCAGCCUACAACAACAACAACAACAACAUCAUCAGCAACAACAACAGCGACAGCAAUUCCAACACCAACUCGACCGAUCCGCUCGCCGAUGGGGAUGCUGAGCAGAUGCUGCCACAGAUUCCGUCGUAUAUACGCACAACCGCCAUGUUCUUCUGCAUAAUCAUCAUGCUGCUGGGCGUCAUUGGCAAUGUGAUGGUGCCCAUCGUUAUAGUGAAGACAAAAGAUAUGCGCAAUUCCACAAACAUUUUCCUAACCAAUCUGAGCAUUGCCGAUUUGCUGGUGCUGCUCGUCUGCACGCCCACGGUCCUUGUCGAGGUGAACACACGCCCCGAGACGUGGGUGCUGGGCCACGAGAUGUGCAAGGCUGUACCAUUUGUGGAGCUGACCGUGGCCCAUGCCAGCGUCCUGACCAUAUUGGCCAUCUCCUUCGAGCGCUACUAUGCCAUCUGUGAGCCCCUGAAAGCCGGCUACGUGUGCACCAAGGCGCGCGCCAUUCUCAUCUGUGUCCUGGCCUGGGGCAUUGCGGCGCUCUUUACGAGCCCCAUACUGUGGGUGGCUGAGUACAAGCUGGUCGAGUAUAUCGAUGGAUCCUCGGUGCCAGUUUGCCUGACCCAAGCGAUUGGCGUGUCGACGGUUGGUUUCUUUCUGAUGACCAUAUCCGUGUUCUUCGUACUGCCAUUUCUCAUGCUGGUGGUGCUGUAUGGCAUCAUUGCCCGGAACCUGGUCUCCAAUCAGGGCGCCAUGCUGCGCGCACGCCCCACCAAGCCGGAGCUGAGUCUGAAGGCGCGCAAACAGGUCGUCCUCAUGCUGGGCGCCGUUGUGCUCUCAUUUUUUGUCUGCCUGCUGCCGUUUCGGGUGCUCACGCUGUGGAUUAUCCUGAGCACGGAGCAGACGCUGCACGACAUGGGUCUGGUGCGCUAUUAUAGUCUGCUUUACUUUUGCCGCAUCAUGCUCUACCUCAACUCGGCCAUGAAUCCCAUACUCUACAAUCUGAUGUCCACCAAGUUUCGCAAGGGCUUCGCUCGUCUCUGCCACGACGUCGCCCGUUUCCUAUUGAAGCUCCUCACCCUGGGACGCCGACGAGCCAAUCCAGCUGACUCACGUGGUCGCAGCGGCACCCUCUCCACGGGCACGGGCACCCAGACGAACUCCUCGAAUGCUACGGCUGUCACCAACUCGAGCAUUCUGUCGCGCAGCUCGAAUCGUCGCGGCAGCGAGGAAAUCAGCCGCACUCGGCUCAAGAUCGAGCUGCAAUUGCCGUGCGGCAGCGAUCUGGAGGCGAUGGCCAUGCUUCAGAACUCCACUUUGCGCAGCAAGCGACGGCAGAGCGACAGCCGGCUGCUCGGCGAGAAGAAACCGCGACGUCCCAAGCCGCAAAUAAGUUUCGAUGAGGCUGCCGUGGGACGAGCUCCGAAAGAGACUGUAAUGCCGGCAUGAAGCGGAGGCAAAUCCAGUCUAGGGAGGAGAAGAAGAUACAAGGAGACGAGAAGGAAGCCGGAGAAGGAAGUAAAACUAUUCCAGGCAGAGGAGAGAGAGGAGCUGCGGUAAGAGUAUAAACCGAAGGAGGAAACUUUAAAACUGGCCUGAAGCGGAGGCAAGUCUACGCAAGGGAGGAGAAGAAGAGACCCGGAGACGAGUAGGAGCCGGAGGAGGAAGUCGCCAGUGCCAGGCAGAGGAAGGGGAGGGGGAGGAGCUGUGGCAAAGGUAGAUACCGAAGGAGGAAACUGUGAAGCUGACAACGGAGGAGAAGCAGUAGUAACCGGAAGAGGCAGUGGCAGGAGGAGGAGCCGUGGUAAGAGCACAAACGUAUGGAGGAAACUGUAAAGCUGGCAUAAAGCGGAGGCAAAUCGCAUAAUGACAGACAGAGCCGGAGACAAGUCCAGGCAGAGGGGGAGACAAGUCCGGGCAGAGUUGGAGGCAGGUCCAGGCAGAGGAGGAGGAGGAGGGGGAGGACGAGGAGAAGGACCACGAGACGGAAGCGGAACGGAAUGAAAAAUCAUGUGUAACCCGUUUACACUUACGCUUCAGUUGAUUGGAAUGCGGCCGGCCGACAGUCUCAGCUGAUCCUGGCCAAGCCCGUAAUCGAUGCCAUUCAGGCCGUUGACAAGACCCAAGCUCAAAAUCCUUGGACAUAUCCGCACACAACCAAAAAACAAUCAAUUUUUCGGGCUAUUAAACUCGAAUGAAUGUGCCAAAGAUAAAUAACAGCAGCGACAGCCAAAGCACCAAAAACAACUACAACUAUUUGUGGGGAAGUGCGGCAUGGGCGGGGUCGGGGUGUCGUCCAUUAACUGGCAUGUAAAGCACGGCAAAUGGAAAUGGCUUUAUAUGCGCUUUGGUGAGCCCAUCAAGACGACGGAUAAACAUGAUUUAGUUGUAUUGAAAUACAUAGUUUCUGUUGCUUCUCUCUCUGCUGCGCAGUUUCUUUUCGCAGAGUUUGCUAUCGUCCAUUUGCCAAAAUGGCGGCCAGCAGCAAAAAAGUGUUGCCUACUUUGCGGCGGCCGAGUAAAAAUCAAAACUAAAAUGCAUA